GACAGGUAGCCAUCCAGGAAGCAAAAUUAACAUGGAGGCCUGAUGAUACACAUGCAAAUACAGACGGACACAGAAACUCAGAAGUUCAGAGAGACAGACUGGCCGAGAGAUGAACAUCAACAGAAAAAAGAUCAGCAUGGGUCCGGCUCAGGAUUCAGCCCUGAUGGAGGCUGAGGAGCCCCAACACGGAGCCUCGACUCCCAUUCCUGCCAGAGUGGAAUUCAGUGUUAUCCUGGCAGCUCCCAUGAGAAACAGGCAGACCCCUGCCUUGGAGCCUGAAGCUGAAGAGGGCGAGGACCCAUCCUAUCAGUGGGCAGGGAGACACUCACUCUUGGACACCCAGCAGAGACACGUAAGGGGUGUGAAUGACUGUGCAACUGAGAGCAUGACCUCUUUUCCCAUCGAGGCCUCUGCAGAUGUGGAGACCAACCAGGAAAACCUGAUGGCUGAGGCCUGUGACCCUCCAGAGCACCAGGAGGCAGGGCCCCAGCGCCCAGCAGAUAGACAGGCAAGGCCGCCAGCUCCCGCAGAGCUCUGGGCCUGCCCCAACCAGGGUGAAUAUCUAGACACGGCCUCAGUAUCCAGUGAACUGGGUAGCAGCAUGGAGGUGGAAUUUAGACCAGAACUCACUUCUUUGAUAUUGGAAACCGGACAAGCCGAAGAAGAGGAGGAAACUUCCCCAGACACCUCUGCCCAGACCAGAUGUGGGCCUUGCUGUGAAGAGCGCCCUGCAGAGACCAACCAGCCACAGGACUCAGAAAGUGGACCUGCCAGGCAGGGAAGUCCAGAGAGAGAAGGGGCCCUGUGUCUCCAGAAGGCCGAGGAGCUGGAGGGCGAGGGGCAAGGGGAAGAGAGACUUCAGGGGGCGGGAACUCCGCGGGAGGAUGUUUGUUCUGAUGGGCUUUCGGGGGAGCGGGCGCAGAUGGGAGAACAGGUUCGCGGUACGGAGGAAGAACAGAGACAAAAAGAGCAGCAGAGUCAAGAUGAUGUGAUGCUUGCAGAACAAGGAGAAAGCAAGGGCCGUAGCGGGGAAUUGGGAGGUCUGAGUUCUGGUGAGUGGGACUGGAGGACCCAGGGCCACGGAGAUCUAGAACGAGGGGAACGGAAGAGCGGCGAGUUGACGGGGCCAGAGGAGAGUACGGUGGAGGCUCGGUACGAGGAGAAUCAGAGCUUAGUGGGGAAAUCAGUGAGAGUCACCGGGAAGCAAGAAGAUCAGGGUCUACAGGGGAAAGUGAUGCCAGUAGAGGGGCAGGAGGAGAAGGUAGGGUCAAGCAGCGAGGAGGAGCCUGGCGGUGGGCAUGGGGACACCCCGGGGGGAGGGGGAGGAGAGAGGCGUACAGAGGAAGGAGGAAAGCAUGAUGUCCCUGCCGCACUGGCUCUGGUGGCCCCUGAGGUCUCUUCUCCUCACGACUUGUUUCCAGAUGCCUGUUGUCCCACAGCCAGGAUCCCCGGGACUCAGGCAGAGCCUAGGGCCGAGGAACCGUCCCCUGGAGCUCCUACCCUGGAGCUGGCAGGAUGGUCCCAGCAGCUCAUUUCUUUACCUCAUUCCUUUCCUGCCGCGGAGUCGCCUGACCAAGAAACAGCUCAGUACAACCAGCAAGUGGGCUCUGAGCUGGGGAAGGGGACAGCAUCCAGCCGGGGAGGGGAGGGCGUCUCUGCGACCCCUCCAAGGACAGCAGCGUCAGCUUCUCCCAGCCCUCCCGAAGUCUCCCCCGGCGUGACUGCCUCAUCGUCUGCCGGCCCCCAGGUCGCCUUCCCCAGGAGGGAGCCCUCGGUUGCUGCAUGUUCUCCGGAAGCCUCCAGAGCCUCUCGACCGGCCGACAGCCCACCUCCCUGUGGGGCUCCUGAGAACGCUGCAGCUGCGCGCCACGGCUUCCCCUCAGCAGGUCAGGCCAGCCCUCACGCUCCUCCAGGCAUCCGCACUGGGGCGGCCCAGCACCUGAGGAGCAACUCCUUGCCGGGCUCUCACGGGACAGAGCCGACUCCGGACCUGGAGGGAAUAUCACUCUCCUUCUCCCACUCAGAGUUGCCCCAGAGACCCCCCAAACCUGCCAUCUAUGGCUCUGUGAUCCCAAGAAGGGGCAGGAAAAGCGGAAGGGACUGCGCCAUCAUUCCAGAAUCCUCAAGUUCACUACCCACUCCAGGGCAGGACUCUCAAGAAUUUGCCUCAAAUCCAGCAAGGCCUGGCAGCCCCCAAAGCGGUCAGCCGUGGGCCUCCACACAUCCCUCAGCGUUCGCCCCAGAAUCUCCUGCCCGUGGCUCUUCCCCACCCACUGUCUCCGUAGAUAUGAGGAUCCGUGAGCCUCCACCCCCUCCUCCCCCGGAGAAGAGGCGCAUCCACUCUACGGCGGAGGGAGACAGCCAUCGCUCUGCCGUGGUCCCCACGCUGAGACGGUAUAGCCAUCCUCCGCCGCUGGCCCUAGGUUUAGGGCUACACGGCCACCUCAAAGGCCCACUGCCCCGAGUUCCUGACCCCCUUGUGGCAAGGCAGCACCGACCCCUGCCUUCCACUCCGGACACCCCCUACCAUACUCAGACCUCUUUCUCUCCCAGGCAACGAUACAACAAGCCAUUGCCCCCAACUCCCGGUUUGCCUCAGCCACAACCUUCUCCUGUUUCUUCUUCGAGGAGCUCAAGGAUCUACAAGCCUCUCCCCCCGGUCCCUAUCGUGACUCCUCCUACUGAACCACCACCGUUACCCCCAAAGUCCAGGGAGAGGAGCAGUUGCACUCAGGCGGGACUCGGGAAUUCAGGGGGUGAGGCCAGGACCAGGCCAGUUUGUCAAGAGUGGACCAUCUCCACUCCCCAUUCGGUGGGACGUGUCUCCUGGCCUCCGGCCACGGGCAGAUCGACAGACUCUUUGGUUCCCGCCAGUAGGAGUAAGAGUGAAGUGCCCCCUGGCAUGGCUUUCAGUAACAUGACAGCUCUUGUAAAUCCCUCUUUCCUGACCACCCCCUGGACUCUGGAGGUCCAGGGACCCACCUCAGAAGAGUUUGAGGUCUCUGCCAGAAGAUCUUUGAGAAGAACAGCGCCCCAAAAAGGAGCCGGUGGCCUGAGGAGGUCGGAUCUAGGCCGAGCAAGGCAGCCAGAAAAACCCGGCCAUCCCCAUCUGGAGAAGGCGUCCAGCUGGCCUCACAGACGGGACCCAGGGAGACCAGCGGAGGGCAGCAGGGGACAGGCAGUGGUCCCUAGUGAGGGGUCGAGUAAGCACAAGCACUGGCAUCGGCAGGGCCUGCGCAGACCCUCCAUCCUGCCCGAGGGCCCUUCAGGAGGUCCAGCCGUGGAAAAAUCCCCUAGCCUUUCAGACGCCAUUGUUUUUCGGGAGAAAAAGCCAAAGGAGGUGAUGGGAGGCUUUUCAAGACGUUGCUCGAAGCUCAUCAAUUCCUCUCAGCUGCUUUACCAGGAGUACAGCGAUGUGUUUCUGAACAAGGAGAUCCAGAGCCAGCAGCGGCUGGACAGCCUGACAGAGGCACCGGAGCCCGCCUCUCCCCGGCAGCCCCGAAAGGCCUUGGUCUCCUCGGAGUCCUACCUGCAACGCCUCUCCAUCGCCUCCAGUGGCUCCCUCUGGCAGGAGAUCCCCGUGGUGCGCAAUAGCACCGUGCUGCUCUCCAUGACCCACGACGACCAAAAACUCCAGGAGGCCAAAUUUGAGCUGAUUGUGUCAGAGGCCUCCUACCUGCGCAGUCUACAUAUAGCCGUGGAUCAUUUCCAACAUUCAGAGCAGCUCCGGGCCACCCUUUCCAACCAGGAUCAUCAAUGGCUCUUCUCUCGUUUACAGGAUGUGCGUGACGUCAGCACCAUGUUCCUUUCAGACCUGGAAGAGAACUUUGAGGGCAACAUCUUCACCUUCCAAGUGUGUGAUGUGGUCCUGAGCCAUGCCGCCAACUUCCGCCGGGUCUACCUGCCUUAUGUCACCAACCAGACCUACCAGGAACGCACCUUCCAAAGCCUGCUGAAUAGCAACAGCAGUUUCCGAGAGGUCCUGGAGAAGCUGGAGAGUGACCCCAUCUGCCAACGCCUUUCCCUCAAGUCCUUUCUCAUUCUGCCCUUCCAGCGCAUCACCCGUCUCAAGCUGCUGCUACAGAACAUUCUGAAGAGAACACAGCCUGGCUCCUCAGAGGAAGCAGAGGCCACAAAGGCACACCACGCCCUGGAGGAGCUGAUCCGAGACUGCAAUAAUAACGUCCAGCGGAUGCGACGGACAGAGGAGCUGAUCUACCUGAGCCAGAAGAUCGAGUUUGAGUGCAGAAUAUUCCCGCUCAUUUCACAGUCACGCUGGCUGGUGAAGAGUGGGGAGCUGACAGCCCUGGAGUUCAGCAUCUCCCCAGGGCUGCGGAGGAAGCUGAACGCACGCCCGGUCCACCUGCACCUCUUCAAUGACUGUCUGCUGCUGUCUCGGCCCCGAGAGGGUAGCCGCUUCCUGGUAUUUGACCACGCUCCCUUCUCCUCCGUCCGAGGGGAAAAGUGUGAAAUGAAGCUGCAUGGACCUCACAAAAACCUCUUCCGACUCUUCCUGCGGGACAAUGCGCAGGGCUCCCAGGCCGAGUUCCUCUUCCGCACCGAGACUCAAAGUGAAAAGCUUCGCUGGAUCUCAGCCUUGGCCAUGCCAAGAGAGGAGUUGGACCUUCUGGAGUGUUAUGAGUCACCACAAGUACAGUGCCUUCGAGCUUACAAACCCCGAGAGAAUGACGAGUUGGCACUAGAGAAGGCAGACGUGGUGAUGGUGACUCAGCAAAGCAGUGAUGGCUGGCUGGAGGGCGUGAGACUCUCCGAUGGGGAGCAAGGCUGGUUCCCUGUACAGCAAGUGGAGUUCAUUUCCAACCCAGAGGUCCGUGCACGGAACCUGAAGGAAGCCCACCGAGUCAAGACUGCCAGACUACAGCUGGUGGAACAGGAAACCUAGCUGUUUUGUGGGAGGAAUCCCCUGAGCUUAAAGACAAGAUGUUCCUGGACAGGCCUGGCCCCAGAAUCUGGCAACAGAGGCCUUCUGUGCACCAGGAACUAGACCUUCUGAAACCCAAGGAUAACACCGAGCUGCCAGUCGCUAGUCCCAGGCCUCCUUUUUUUGUGCUUUGUGCUUGGUGGGGGGAUUUUCAGGGACUUUGCACUGGACUCUGGGAACCUUUUCUCAUAGGAAAAGGGACCAAUGGGGCCUAAGCCAAGGAACUUUACUUCUACUACCCUGCGGUACUUAAACGUUCUCUGCUUCCAGAGUACCAAUUCCAGUGACCAGAGUUUCCAUCAUGGCCGUGUGUUAAAGAGAAUCUGACCUCAGCCCGUUGGAGGGAGCUGUUUAAGGGGGAUGAACACAUCAGUUGGGAGGGUUAACCUGGUGACCUUUUAAGGUAUCUUCCAACCCUAGAGAUAUCCCAUAAUUAUCAGGGCGAGGUCAGUGCCUGCGUCUCUGGGAUCCAUUGGUGGCUAUGUGAGGGUGAUACUCUCUCACUCUAAUAAACUUGGCACUUCUCCGAGUGUUUUCUCCCCAGACCCCUGAACAAGGUUCAGAACGUGGAAUCCUAUGAGGAUUCCAGGCUAUUUGAUUUAGGUGUCAUGAAAGACCAUGAUGGUGCCUGGGUUAUGGUAGUGGUCGACUCUUUCUUUGACUCCUGAGAGUUUGGGCAGUUUUUCUGCUUGUUAUGGCCUCAGAGGUUGUGUAAGGAAUUAAAGUGAGUUGAUGGGUGAUGAAAACCCCA